AUGGAUUCAGAAACUAUAAUAACAGCGAUCGAAUGUUCUCAAUAUAGUUUUUUUGAGGAAUUAGAACUUAUGGUUUUGAAGUCAAAUUAAACUGAUUCUAAUAUAUAUAUCCAAGAGAUUUAGAAACCAAUCUCUGUUGGACUUCAAAAUUUAAUCCUAUAUUAGAAUAAUUUCCACCAUCAGAAACUAAUUAAUCUAGUAAUCAAUUGAAUUUCAAACCUUUCGAUUAUUAAUUAAUCCAAGAAUAUUCAAUUUCAUAAAGUGAUAAGUGUUUAGCUAUAUCUAUUGAUAAAGAUUGUUCAACAUUAAUGGCUGGAUGUCAUUCACUAAUUAAAGUAUUUGAAUUCAAAUAAGGAAUGAUCAAAUUAAUUUAAACUUUAAAUUAACAUAAGGAUUAGGUGACUACUUUAAACUUCAUGCAGACAUCUAAAUAGUUUAUAUCAGGAAGUUGUGAUAAAUCGAUAAUAAUAUGGAAAUAGAAUUAAAAUAAUUUAUGGAGUUAUUAAUAAAUAUUAUAUGAACAUAAUGAUAUUAUCUAAUGUUUAAUAAUAAAUACUAAUGAAGAUUUGAUAAUAUCAGGAAGUGAUGAUUGUACUAUUAAAUUUUGGAUAAA